AUGGUAACAUUUAAUUGUGAAGUGUGUAACGAUACUGUUCCUAAAAAGAACACCGAAAAGCAUUACUACCGUUGCCCACAAGCUUAUUAUACUUGUAUUGAUUGUAACCAGACAUUUGAUGACGGUAUCUCUUACAAGAAACACAUCCAGUGCAUAACAGAGGAUGAAAAAUAUCAGAAAGGAUUAUACAAGGGUAAAAAGAACGGUAAUCAGAAUGACCAAAAUGGAAAACAACCGAACGCUCAAGUGAAGAAGGAAGUCAAGGUCGAAAAGAAAGAGGAAAAGCCUGUCAAGAAGGAAUCUAAACCAGAGAAGAAGGAUAAGAAGGAUAAGAAAGACAAGAAGUCAAGCCUAAUCAAGGGUGAAUCAUUGUAUAAAAUCUUAAAAUCUAUCAACAAUAAAGACGACAAAAAAGAAUUAUUGAAGAGGUUGAUCGUAACAGCGGAAAACAAAAUUGAGCUGCAGUAA